UAUUAAAUUUUAAGCCAUAAAAAGUCUUGAAAAGGGAUUGUUCGUCCAAAAAUGGAAAUUCUAUCAUUAAUUACUCACCCUCAAGUUGUUCCAAACCCGUAAAACUUUCAUUCAUCUUCAGAACACAAAAUUAAGACCUUGUGAGUGAUCAUGUCACCUCUGUACCGUGUUAAACUCUUUGUAAACACAGUUUUGUAAUAAUGUAUUGUUUUAUUCUGUGCUAUCCUCAGACCAUUGAGAAGAUGGCAGUUCCUGUGAAAAUUCUGUGUAUCCUGAUGCUGCUACUGCACAAGAGUAGUCAACAAGAAGUGUUUAAUGAUAAGGAAACUCUCAAUCCCCCUGCAAAUUACAAAAUUGGCUGGAUGGAAACUCUGGAUGAUGAAAAGUUAAUUUCUAAAAUCACCAUUCCUGGUACCCAUGAGUCCUUGGCCCUUCAUGGAGGACCACUAGCUGAAUGUCAGUCAUGGUCACUAGAGAACCAGCUAAAGGCCGGGAUACGAUACUUCGACUUGAGAGUGUCUGGCUUUGAAUUAAUAGUUAUGCAUGGACCGAUUUACCAACAUACAACAUUGUCAGAAGUUCUCAUCACAAUCAGGAAAUUUUUAUCUGAAUUCACAACUGAGACAGUGCUUGUCAGAGUUAAGCCUAUUUUUCCAAUGAAGGGAAAAGUUCAGAAUUUAGUUGAAAACGAAAUAAAAAAUGCUAAAGAUAUCUGGGUUAAGCCGUCAGUUCCGAGGAUUGGUGAAGUAAGAGGAAAGAUUGUUUUUGUUCAGAAAAACAGCUUCAAGCUGGGCAUUAUUCUUUCUGAAACUGACAAAAAAGGAGACUAUAAAGUAACUAAUGUUAAAGUCAAAGAGGAAAAGAUUAAAAAGCAUCUGGAAGAAGCUGCCAAUCAGUGUAGAACAGGUUCUGCUCUGAGUCUGAGCUACUCGAGUGGCACGAGCUUAGGUACAUAUAUGUUGAUUUGGAUUUUGCCAAAUGGAUUGGCAAAGCAAAUCAAUCCUUGCUUGUAUGAUCAUCUUGAAAAGGAAUUUAAAAAUAAUUCCAAACCUUGUUUUGGGAUCAUAGCCAUGGACUUUCCAGGUUUGGACUUGAUUCAAACAGUCAUCAAAUUCAAUACCUAAGAUUUUUCAGUCUUUACUUUUUCCCCAUGGGUUUAUCAGGAAAUUAAUGUUCUUGUUGGAAAUAAUUGAGAAUUUUAACAAAUUAUAUUAUCAAUAUUUAAUAAUGUAUGUUAUUUCAAUAAUAAAAAUUCUUUGUUGUCUUAAGGGUUUAAAACAACAUUAGCGUGAGUAAAUGAUGACAAAAGUUUAAUUCCUGGGUGAAAAAAAAAGUAGGAAAGGGCAAAACAUCUGGCUCAACAGAAAUAUUUUAAUAUUUGUAAAUUGUGAUCUAAUUACAUUUUACAUUUGCUAAAUGUUUUAUUCAUAUUUUUUCUUCACAAAAAAAGAAAAAAAAAAGGAAAAAAAAAGAAACAAGCUGGAAAUAUACAGCUACAAUGUCCAAAAACAUAUAAACACACAUUUGCUGGAAAAUAAUGGCAUAAAAUGUCAAUUAUUGAUUGGUGUGUCGUUUUAACACAUUCUUAACUGUCUGAUGUGAUGUAUGAUCAUUAUUGAAUUACUUUUUAAAUACAUGCUCUUGGUGUUAGCUUCCAUCACUUUGUCUAUUAAAACAUGAACGAAAGCUGGAAUACUUGGUGUUGUUUGAUGCAUAUAUUAAUGAGUCUUACACAAAACACAAAUAAUCCACACUAAAUGCUUCGUGUGAACAGAGCAAUCAUAAACAGAAAACAGGAUGCAUUCCAAAUAUAUGAAAACAGCUUCUUUGUAAAUUAAGGUAUUUAAUUUAACCACUUGGAAACGAUACAUGUACCUUAUGAACCCACAGUCUCGCUCUACUACCGUAAUAGCAAUAACCAGCAGAUAGAUGGCGCUGUUUGACUGUAUACAAUAAUCAAUUAUUUACA